GUGGAUCGGGAGCGAGGGAACUAAUUUAAUGUAUCCUGGUUCCAGGGUGUGAGAUUUCUGGGGGAUUGUGUCAUAUGUUGGUGCAAUCCCAAUCACCUGGAUAAACCUUAAUAAAUCGCUUUAACACCUUUGGGUCCAUUGUAUUUAAAAUGUGACUGUGUAUGUGGAGACCCUUGGAGGGGGUGAAGGGUGGCCCCUGCCAGAGCCCAGGGCAGAGCUGGGCUUGUCAGUGAGCGUGUAGGUUCUUGGAGUGCCGUGGGGUGACCUGCGAAGGAAAUAGCUGGGAUCCCCCCUCGCUGUCGACAGUUGCUCCGUGCCCAGCAGCCUGUCGCUGGAAAUUGCAGGGACCCAGGCAGCCUGCGCAGGCAGGGGAAAUGCGGGUCUCGCCCACAAAACGCAGCGGCUGGGAGCUGCUGGGGCGCUGAGGGGAAGCACAGGAGCUGUUGGCCCUGACACUCCAGAGAAAUGCAGUUUGGAGGCCUCACCGCUGUUCUUCUGUUCUAGGCCGGUGGGAGCCGCCUGGAGAGACGGCCGUGUUCCUGGCAGCCGUGCCAUGUUUGAUGAAGGAGGGUGGAACAAGGAGGAUGGCGGGGAGGCUUUCAGCCAGGCUCUCCUGCACCCUCAGCACUGUUCUGCCCAGCACUGUCCCCCGGCUCCUAGAGGCUCCUUGCGAAAGCAGCGCAGACGGCUCCUCGCAACCCUGCAGCGCCUGGAGGCCUCAAGCUGCACAGAGCCUCCUCAGAGCCCCGGGCCCCUGUCUGGGGACAGCGAAUCUGAGUCUGACUCUGCGGACCAGGCGAGGAGAAAACAGCCCAGGAAACAGAGACGGGGCCUGAAACCCAGAGCUGCCUCCUCCCAUAUCGCCCCAAGGACUCCAAGCGGCUCUGGCACUCCCCAGGUAGGGCCGGAGCCGGAGCCAGAGCCAGCUGGCAGGAGACGGAGGAAAGAUUGUGCAGCAGAGGCCCCCGGGGACAAAGCACACACGCCCAGCAAAGAGCUGCCAAGCUGGGGCGCAGCCACUGGGGGGCCUGGUCCAGUGCUGAGCAGGAAGCAGUGGAGGAACAAACAGAAGAAUAAAAGGCGACAGAAGAACAAGUUCAAAGCAGGCAUGGGGAAGGAUGUGGGGCAGAGCCUGGGCGGGGGGCAGGAUGUGGAGCAGAGGACCUCAGCACUGUCCCAGUCGGAGCUCUCGGGGGCGCUGCGGGCCCGGAUGGAGGAGCGGCUCCAGUCAGCCCGUUUCCGCUACAUCAACCAGCAGCUCUAUACGUCCAGCAGCCAGGAGGCAGCCCGGCUCUUCCAGCGCGACCCUGCUGCCUUCGCCAUCUAUCACCGCGGCUUCACUCGGCAGGUGGGGCGCUGGCCCGAGAAUCCGGUUCACCGCAUUAUCCAGUACCUGCGGGGGCGGCCGGCCUCGCUGGUGGUAGCAGAUUUUGGAUGCGGUGACUGCAAGAUUGCGACCAGCAUCAGGAACAAGGUUCACUCGUUUGACCUGGUGGCUCUGAGCCCAUGUGUCACUGUGUGCGACAUGGCCAAGGUGCCGCUGGCAGACGAGUCUGUGGAUGUCACUGUGUUCUGUCUGGCGCUGAUGGGCACCAAUCUGCGGGAGAUCCUGGAAGAGGCCAACCGGGUGCUGAGGCCAGGGGGCAUGCUGAAGGUGGCAGAGGUUGCCAGCCGCUUUGCAGACAUCCGAGCCUUUGUGAGUGCCGUGACUCAGCUGGGCUUUCAGAUUGUCUCCAAGGACCUGGACAAUCCCUUUUUCUACAUGUUUGAUUUCUCCAAGACGGGACCCCCCCGGGCUCGGGGGAAGCUGCCGGGCCUGGCACUGAGACCCUGCCUCUAUAAGAAGCGCUGAGGGGCGCCUCAGCUGAUGUCUGCCCUGGAGGCCCUGCUCCUGUACCCAGCCCC